AUGGCGGCUUCACUGGGAGGCAUGUUCUCUGGACAGCCACCCGGACCCCCGCAACCUCCGCCGGGGCUCCUGGGCCAGGCUUCGCUUCUUCAGGCCACGCCAGGCGUUCCGAGAACUUCUAACAGUACCUUGGUGGACGAGUUGGAGUCAUCUUUCGAGGCUUGCUUUGCUUCUCUGGUGAGUCAAGAUUAUGUCAAUGGUACAGAUCAGGAAGAAAUUCGAACUGGUGUUGACCAGUGUAUCCAGAAAUUCCUGGAUAUUGCAAGACAGACAGAAUGUUUUUUCCUACAAAAAAGAUUGCAGUUAUCUGUCCAGAAACCAGAUCAAGUUAUCAAAGAGGAUGUCUCAGAACUGAGGAAUGAAUUACAGCGAAAGGAUGCUCUGGUCCAGAAGCACUUGACAAAACUAAGACAUUGGCAGCAGGUGCUGGAGGACAUCAACAUGCAGCACAAGAAGCCAGCCGACAUCCCUCAGGGCUCCCUGGCCUACCUCGAGCAGGCGUCUGCAAAUAUCCCUGCACCGAUGAAGCAAACCUGAGGAAAGGCCACCUGCACACUAGUUGGUGCCUGAGUCAGCCCAAACACUGUUUUGCUAAACAUCUCUUCUUGUAGACUUGACAUUCUGGGAGAACUCUGCCAGAGAAUGAGAUGAUUUUCGUUUUGUGCUCUCACCUAAAGUUUUCCCCUUAUUUUUGUAAGUCAUUUCUUGAGUACUUUAUAAAAUGCUUAUUGCUGUGGUAAACCAAGUAUAUUGUCUUUAGCAAA